CUUCGUAUGGUGACUAAGCAUUAGGUUUUCAAUUUAGUGCCAUGAUGCCGCGCAGCCGCGCGCCAGUUUUGACUCUGAUUGCUGCUGCCUUUGUUGCAAACUGCGGUUUCUGGGCCUUUCUGGUCUGCGGGCCCCGGCCCCGAAGCUCGAGUUCCGCUGGCCGUGGCUGCUCAGGACAAACAAUUGUGGCCCUGCAAGCACGGCAGCAGGAUGGGCUGAGUGAAGAAUGGAUAGACAUCAAGGGCAGCAAGGCCAAGUUUGGUGCCAAGACACCGUUCCAAGUGGCCUUAGCAGGGGCGCCGGACCUGGCAGCUUCUUGGCUCUACGGUGAUGAGCCAGGUGACAACAGCGUAGAUCGCCUGGUCCAAGCUGGAAAACCUGCGUUCUCCAAGAUCGAGCGUGCCAAGGAGCUGGAAGAACCCAAUUCACCCAUGCAAGUCUACAAGUUUUCUUUGCCGGCACUGGACUUGAUGGGGCUUGGGCGGGCCACCUCAUCGAUCAACCUCUUCGGCGCCAUUCGCGGUGCCGAGGACAAGUAUUUGGAGAUUGGCACUUUUGGGAACCCCCAGGCGAAUAUCCGCUUCGCUACUGGCAUGGAUCUCGCACUCCCGGUCUUCUCCUUGAAUGUCACGGGUGAGUUGCGGAUCAUGAAAGAUGGUUUCUCAGAGAAGAGGUCUUCCGCCACGGGCUGGGUGGCCAUCGAAGUCCAGGGGGAGGUGCCGAGCCUUGCUGGCAUCACCUUGCCAGAGGAGGUGCUCCGUGGCGCCGCUCGCGAAGCUUGCCGGCAGACCUGUGCCUACGCAUCCCGGAAGCUCGAACAAGAAUUGUCGGAAGAUUUUGCGCGGUGGCGUGCUGAGAAAGUCAGGAGGGAACGCCGGCGUGUUACAGCCUAGGACCUAGGAAGCCCCAUCGUUUUGGUGCACCGUAUUCUAAUG